CAAAGCCCCUUGUCCCAUCUUGUGGCAGCAGCUGCAGCAGCUAGCCACGCUACUCCCCACUCCCCGCUCUCUCACCUAAAUACCAGGUGUUAUAAAUAAGGGAGAAGAAUUUCUCUCGCCGGCUGAAAGGCCAACCAGAGAAGAAGGCCGGCUGCCCAGUGCAUUCCCCUGCAGUCUUGCAACCAUGCCAGGAUUCCUUCUGUCCCUGCGAAUCAGCAGGCUGUCUGGAGCCAUUGGGAAGUUGUGGAGGGUGUGGGGCAGCUGCCCUAUAGCACUGCAAGGUGGUGGAAGGAAGGGGGGGUGUAGUGGAGACGGGAUCCCCAGUUGCAGGCUGCCAGCCCAGUGGGUCUUUGCAAGGGGCAUCCGGAGCUGGACAGCUGCUCCAUUAGCCAUGGCAGCCAAAGUGGAUCUGACCACGUCCACUGACUGGAAGGAGGCCAAAUCGUUUCUGAAAGGGCUGAACGCUAAGCAGAGGCGAGACCAUUAUUUCACCAAGGAUUUCAUUAAACUGAAGCAAAUCCCCUCAUGGAAAGAAAUGGCAAAAAGUGCCCGGGUUAAGCCCCCAGAAGAGGCUGUCUACCCAAAAGACAAUCACCUAAACGAGAAGAUCUCGCUCUUCCGUGGCGAUAUCACCAAAUUGGAGGUGGAUGCAAUUGUCAACGCUGCUAACAGUUCCCUGCUGGGAGGAGGCGGCGUGGACGGCUGCAUUCAUCGGGCUGCGGGACCUUUGCUGAAAGAGGAAUGCCGGACCCUAAAUGGAUGCGAGACUAGCAAAGCCAAAAUCAGCUGCGGGUACCGUCUUCCGGCCAAGUACAUCAUUCACACCGUAGGCCCAAUCGCUCAAGGGGAACCCAGCGCUGCCCAAGAAGCCGAACUUAGCGGCUGUUACAAGAACAGCCUGAAGCUUGCAGUGGAGAACAAGCUACGGACAGUGGUCUUCCCCUGCAUUUCCACCGGUGUGUUCGGCUACCCCAACGAGGCCGCUGCUGAGGUCGUGCUGCACACGCUGCACAAGUGGCUGGAGGACAACAAGGAGAAGGUCGACCGAAUUAUCCUCUGCGUCUUCUUAGAGAUAGACGAGAUGAUCUACAAGGAGAAGCUGCCUCGGUUCUUCCCUGUCGAUGCAUGUGGAGACCCGCACUCGCAGCUCUGAGCUUCCUUCGCUACCAGCCGUUGGCACAAGAUCUCUCACGCUUGGGGGGAGGGGGGGAGAGACACAGACCGCGCAGCUGCUUUUGGAAUAAAUUCUGUACCUCCGG